AUGUCGAUGCUUGCGAUGAUGAUGAAUUACGUGAAAAUUGCCUGCAAGGAUUAUUCUGAUGACGAUGAUAUCUCAUGGAAAGUGCGUCGUUCCUCUUCAAAAGUACUUGCAGCCAUUGUUGGCACACGACACGAACUUCUUUCUCAAUUAUAUCAAAGCGUUGCCCCAGCUUUGGUAAAUCGAUUUAAAGAAAGGGAAGAAUCUGUACGCGUUGAUGUUCUCCAAACGUUCAUUGUGUUGCUUAGACAAACGUUGGUGUAUGGUGGUGAAAGUUACGUAACAAGAGAAAAUGAUCAUGAGCCUAAACGCAGAAGAGCAAUUGGUCCUAGCGAGUCUCAAGAAAGCCCCAAACAAAUGCUUCGAAAUUUAGUAGCUAAACUUAGCCGAAACCUUUCAAAGCAGUUGUUAUCAAAAUCCAUUGUCACAAAACAAACUGGAUUUGUUCUUCUAAGAGAAUUGGUUACAGUACUAAAUGGAGGUCUUGAUAAUCAUCUCAAUACCUUCAUUCCAGCCAUCGAAAAUUCUUUAUCCACCUCAUCAGAUGUUUCGCAUCAUCAUUCUAGCACAAAUUCUAAUCUAAAGAUUGAAACUUUGAGUUUUCUCCGACAAUUAUUUAAAGUUCAUCCCCCACAAGUCUUCCAUAAUUAUCUUGAUAGAUUAUGUCGACCUAUAAUUUCCUCUGUCGAGGAUAAAUUUUAUAAGAUUACAUCUGAAGCUUUCUUAGUCUGCAUCGAAUUAGUUAAAGUUAUUCGCCCUAUCGAGUAUAAUGUACAAACUAAGACAUAUAACGUUCAGACAUUGAAUCCUUCUUUCAGAUCAUAUAUUUUGGACAUUUAUAACGUCACCAUUGCACGUCUCUCAACAACCGAUGCUGACCAAGAAGUUAAGGAACGUUCUAUUAUGUGUUUGGGUGUACUUAUAUCUCAAUGUGGUGAUAAUUUAAAAGAAGAACUCAAAGUUUGCAUGCCAAUGCUCUUGGAUCGCCUGAGAAAUGAAGUUACGCGUUUAACGACUGUAAAGACCUUUACAAGUAUUGCUGAUAGUACAGUUUGUGCCAGUGAAGAAGUAAAACAAGCCGUAAUUGGAGCUAUCAAUGAAGUUGCAGUUUUACUUAGGAAGAGUCAUCGUCAAUUAAAGGUUGCUAGUUUAGUAUGUUUGGAGGUUUUCGUUCGAAGAUAUGGUAAUUUCUUGGGUCCUGCAAGUUAUUCUCGCGUACUUGAAGAAUUGACACCUCAUAUUUCAGACCAAGAUCUUCAUCUAUUACCAUUAGCUCUAAAUACCGUAGUAUCUGUCUUGCGUACUAACCCGCAAUCACUUGGAGCUGUAUACAAAGAUAUAUUACCUUCCAUUUUCCAACUUGUACAAUCGACUCUUGUGCAAGGAGCCGCAUUAGACAGUUUAUUGGUUCUAUUCGAAACUUUAAUAGCAACUAAUGAAGCCGACUUUAACAAAUUACUAAACGGAUUGAUUCAACCCGCUUUGGUUGCGGAACCAGGUCAAUUAACACUUUCAAAACAGGCAUAUUCAACAAUUGCACAAUGUAUUGCCGUACUCUGUGUAAUAUCCCAAAGAAAUUGUUCAUCAACUGUUAAUGAUUUUUCAAAGAAAAUAUCGGAUCAAAAACAAUCCGAUUCAGUGAAAUAUUUAUCUUUGUUAGCUUUAGGCGAAAUCGGACGUAAAGUUGAUUUAAGUAAGCACGCCAAUCUACAUGUUAUUAUACUAUCUUUGUUUUCGGUACCUUCCGAGGACAUAAAAUCAGCAGCUGCGUUCGCGCUCGGCAAUGUAAGCGCUGGUAAUGUUGGUAAAUACUUGCCAAUCGUUAUCAGGGAGAUCAAAGAGGAUCCAAAGAAGCGGUACCUAUUAUUACAUGGGCUUAAAGAAAUUAUUUCUCGUUAUUCAAAUGAAGAAGGUGUCAAAGCUCUUGGUCCAUUUGCUGAUGACAUUUGGAACAUUUUGUUUGAUAGUGGUGAAAAUAUAGAGGAAGGAACUCGUAGCGUUGUUGCCGAGUGUCUCGGUAAACUAACGUUAGCAAAUCCCAAUAAAUUUUUACCAGAACUUCAGAAACGUUUACGUUCUAUAUCGGCUCAAACUCGUGGUACUGUUGUCACGGCUAUAAAAUUUACAUUUAUAAAUCAAGGACAAGGAUAUGAUGAAUUAUUACGACCUUUAAUUGUGGAUUUUUUGUCAUUAAUACAAGACAAUGAUUUGAAUGUACGUAGACUUUCGUUAUCAACCUUGAACUCAGCGGCUCACAACAAACCAUAUUUGAUCCGUGAUGUUUUGAAUCAACUAUUACCUUUGUUAUAUGAAGAAACCCUUAUAAAGGAGCAUCUCAUCCAUAUGGUUGAAAUGGGACCAUUCAAACAUAAAGUAGACGAUGGUCUUGAUAUUAGAAAGUCUGCUUAUGAAUGCAUGUAUACUUUACUCGAAACAUGCCUCGACAAGCUUGAAAUAUAUAACUUUCUCACGCGCGUUGUUGAAGGAUUAUCGGACCAACAUGAUAUUGCUAUACUUUCACAUACAAUGUUGAUUCGAUUGGCGCGCGUUGCACCAACGGCAGUUACGCAAAGACUUGAUGAGGCUGUGGAGCCACUCAAAGGAACGCUUACAUACAGAAUGAAGGAUAACGCUGUUAAAUCAGAGAUCGAUAAAAACAAUGAAUUAUGUCGAUCAGCCGUGAGAGUUGUAGUAACCUUGGCUAAACUGGCUGAGCAUGGUGGAAGCACACCCAAAUUCGAUGCUUUUGUUAGAGAUACUAAAGUUGGGCAGUGGGGUGAACAGUAUAAUGCUUAUCAUAUUGAACUAGAAAGUAAAGAAUUUGGUAUAGGACACGGUGGGGAUACCAUGGAUCUUUCAUAA